GGGAUAGGGGCUGUCACCCUAACCUGCCCUCCCUUCGACAUCUUUCUGUCUACCUCUUCUGGAGGAGGUGACAGCAGGGGGAGGGGCAGCAACACUAUGAAACAGGAUUUUUGCUAAAAGAAAGAAGGGGGAGUGAAAAACAACCAAGGAAAAAACACAUUUUUUUUUUCUUAUUCUGCAGAUCAGUUGGUGAUCAUGGCUGAGCAGUCAGUGUGUACAGGUCAGGGGAACAGCUGCCCAGGCAGUAAGAGCAACAGCUGUAUUGGUGCCCUGGGUGGAAUUGGUGGUAUUGGCAGUAGCAGCAGUGUGCCAGUGCUCUUCUGCUUCUCAGUGUUUGCCCGGCCAUCCUCGGUGCCCCACGGUUCGGGAAAUGAGGUCCUGAUUCAGAAGUUCCUCAGCCUGUACGGAGACCAGAUAGAUAUGCACCGCAAGUUCGUGGUGCAGCUCUUUGCAGAGGAAUGGGGUCAGUACAUUGACCUACCCAAGGGUUUCGUGGUGAGCGACAGGUGCAAAGUCAGACUGGUGCCCCUUCAAAUACAGGUCAGUGCUGGUUAAUGGGUAAUCAAUGGGCAGCACAAGGAAUGAGAUACCAACAAACGUUCCUGGCACUCCAGCAUAGUAAUGAUCAAGUGCAUAACUAGGAUCUACUUGGACACUGUACAAAAAUUAAGGAAGGGCACCUCUCAUUGCACCUCCUAAUGCAAUGCACCUGAGUAGGAUUUGUAUGGUGGCUUACUGAGUGUGAUUGUGACUGUUGAGAGAUAGCUGAGUGUGAUUGUGUGUGGAGUUGACUAAUGUACACAGGAUACAUUGUAUACCAGACAAAUAUAACACAUUAUAUAUAUAUAUAUAUAUAUAUAUAUAUAUAUAUAUAUAUGAUACAUUGUACAAAAGAUAAAUUGUAUACAUGAUACAUUUUAUACAGCCUUCCUGACUCCACAACUCCACUGUGUUGGUUGGUUAACGUUUGGCACUUUUUGUAGACUGCAUUUCACAUAAUUAUUCAGCCUGUCAUUGGAACUACCAGAGUUCUAAAGGUCGCUAUUAUGACUAGGCUGUGAAAUUUCACCUGUCAAGGGGUCAAAGGCCAGAGGGGCCAUUAGAAAACUGCUGUUUAGUAUAUUUCCAAUUCAACAAUAUACCUAAUAAAUUACAAUAGCGAGAACUUUAAGCACACCCUCGCUGUUCCAGUGCUCUGUGAAUGAGCCAGAGCGCUGCCCCGGGUUACCGUGGCAAUGCUCCGACUUAUUGCGCAAGAGCCGGACUGGAAGAUUUCUGCAUCUGCUGGAUGUGCGGACCACAUGCUCCCUAGCUGGGCCUAGAUUUGCUGCAAACUAUACAUAUAUUUUUAUUAUUUUAUUUAUUUAAAAAAAAUUGGACUCCAUUCAGUGUCUAGUAAUUGUCUAAAUUCAAAUAGUUUUGUAUGACAUCCAGAUAUUUCAGGGCUGAUUUUAUUUGCAGACACCAGUAUGCUCCAAAUUGUAUCUGCACUGUAUUCUGGAAGUAAAAUCUGAACAUGCCUUAAAAGCACUUUUUAAAUUAGGGUUGCAUUAUUAUUAUUAUUAUUAUUUAUAUAGCACCAGCAAAUUCAGUAGCAAUGUACAAUGGGUGGACUAACAGACAAGUAAUUGUAACCCGACAAGUUGGACGCACAGGAACAGAGGGGUUGAGGGUCCUGCUCAAUGAGCUUACAUGCUAGAGGGAGUGGGGAAUAGUGACACAAAGGAUAUAAGUAGGGGUAAUAAAAUAUGUUGCUAGAAAAGCAUUCACUGGGAACUUGGAAGGCUAUUUUUGACAGUUGCAGGAUAGGAGUCAUGAGGGGUGGGAGGUAGGGGAAUGAAAAUCCGCUAACAGUUUAAAUUAUAUGCUUUCCUGAAGAAGUGUGUUUUUCAAAGAUUUUUUUGAUGGAGUGGAGACUGGGUAAAAGUCUAACGGAGAAAAUCCACUGUGAUUUACACUGCACAUAUAAAUUCAUUACGCUAAUGGCAUCACAUGAAAAUUGCUGACCUGCAGUAAUGUACUAUAUAGACUGCAAAAUUCCUUAUUGACAAUAUUUAAAUAUGAGAGAGAGUCUGAUAUAUCAGGUUCAAAGAACAGAUUUAAAAAAAAAAAAAAGUAAUCAUGACGCUAAUCAUGGAAAAAAAAAUGUUUGAGAACAUAUUUAGAAGCCUCAACAUAAACACAUUGUACUAUUCAAGAUAAGAUAAAGACAAAACUAUUUUUAAGUGGUCUCUCGGCACCCUGAGUAAUCUCCAUUCUCCAGUGCUUAAAGAAAAAAAAAAAAAGAACUAGUCGGAGGAACAUGCUGACAGAUAACAGCGUGUUAGAUAUAAUGUCUUGCCCUGUGAAUGCAAUCUGUUGUCCGCAGUGAAUUUAUAUGAAGUAUUUUCAUUUUUAUUUAUUUAUUUUCUUGAUAGCUAAUAUAUCAUAAAGCAAGAGCACAAGCCAAAAACCUUCCAAUCGGAAAUGGCUUCUCAGUUACUAAUCACAGACAAGCUCCCUUAUCCAAUCUGCUGCUGGCAGGAGGAAGAGAGCGAGGAGAGGGAGGGGGUAUGGUCUAGUGAGUGCUCCCUGCGAAAGGGAUAGGGCUGUCACCCUUAGCCUGCCUUCCUUUCCACAUCUUUCUGUCUGGCCUCCUGUGAGAGAGGUGACAGCAGGGGGAGGGGCAGCAACACUAUAAAACAGGAUUUUUGCUAAAAGAAAGAAAGGGGUUAAAUAAAAAGGCUAGGAGAAAGACACACCCUUUUUCAUUUUUUUUUCUUGAUCAGAUCAGUUGGUGAUCAUGGCUGAGCAGUCAGUGUGUACAGGUCAGGGGAACAGCUGCCCAGGCAGUAAGAGCAACAGCUGUGUCGGUGCCCUGGGGGGAAUUGGUGGUAUUGGCAGUAGCAGCAGUGUGCCAGUGCUCUUCUGCUUCUCAGUGUUUGCCCGGCCAUCCUCGGUGCCCCACGGUUCGGGAAAUGAGGUCCUGAUUCAGAAGUUCCUCAGCCUGUACGGAGACCAGAUAGAUAUGCACCGCAAGUUCGUGGUGCAGCUCUUUGUGGAGGAAUGGGGUCAGUACAUUGACCUACCCAAGGGUUUCGUGGUGAGCGACAGGUGCAAAGUCAGACUGGUGCCCCUUCAAAUACAGGUCAGUGUUGAUAAUCAAUGGGCAGCACAAGCAUGGCAUGAGACACUUAGGGACAAACCUUCCUUUGCCUCUGCUGGACUGAGUUUCCCAGAUUGGCAAUGGCCAGGGGAGUAAGUAGGAACUACUGGGUCCAUCUUAUUACACCCCUUAAGCAAUGUACCUGAGUAGAAUUUGUUUGGUGGCUGGCAGAGUGUGAUAUGUAUGUAUUGAGUCUGCUGAGUGUAAUUGUGUACGUGGAGCUAGCUAAAUAUAUUUUUUUGUAUGGGCAUGUGGUGGUGUGUGGAAUUGUCAAAGUAUGAUUGUGUGUGGAGUCUGGCUGAGUACCAUUGUGUGUGAAGUUGCCUCGGUGUGAUUGAGUGGGGAGUUUGGUUGAGCUGCAUUAAGUUUUUGUGGGGCUGGCAGAAUGUUGAUGUGUGUCAGGGGGUGAUUAUUUUUUUGAGUGGGAUUAUACAUAUGGAGGAGUUUCAUUGUGUGUGGAGAUGCCAGGGUGUGACUGAGUAGUUGCCUGACUAUGUGAGUUUGACUGAGUGUGAUUGUAGGGCUGGCUGAUUGUGAGUGUGUGUGGAAUUUUUUAAAUUAUGAUUGUGUGUGGAUUUGGCUGAAUGUGGAGAUUUUGUGUUUAAUAUGAAAAAUAAUCUUUGAACUCUGCACCUGAAAAAAAAAGUGUUCUUUUUUUUUUUUUUCUGUCUGUUUCUGGGAUAGUUGUUCAGAUAGCUACAAUUUUUUUUUUUUUAAAUUUUUUUUAUGAACCGCUUUUGGCUCUUAAAGCCUAAAUGUUUGGCACUUUUUUGCCGUCUACAAAACCCCCCAAAAACAACAAAAAUAAACUUUCAAUUAUGGUUUUUUUUUUUUUUUUACCCAAAAAGCUAGAUUAUACCCUCUAGACUAAACAAAUGCUAUUCAUACUGCAAAAAAAUAAAAAAAAUAAUUAAAUGCAAUGCAAACAAAACAUCUGGCACUGCCUUGACAGAUGAAAAUUCAGGGCUGUCUCAAUAGCGACCUUUCUGACCCUGGUAGUCCCACCACUGGCAAUGACUGGCUGUGUCAGUAAUCAUGGGAAAAAGGUUAGCUGUGGAUAUGUGCUAUCAUACAUGGGCGAGCUGUGUAGUGUUAACCAUUGUUGUUGCAUGCUAGGUUAUACCUUUUUUUAAUUUAUGUAUUUUUUUUUAUUUUUUUUUAGUAACACUUUAGGCACCAUAACAACUUAAUCUAAGUAAAAUUGUUAUGGUGCCAGGAGGCUUCUGGUGCACUCUUACCUCAAGGGGUUAAACUGUUUUCUAACGGUUUAACCACAAAGUUGCCUCCAGCUUCAAUCUCUACUCUGCCCCCGUACUCAAGGCAGCAUCAUGCUUUUGAAAUUUCAUUUUCAGAAAACACAGAGUGGCGGUGGUAAGGGGUGCUGCUGAUUAGCUGAGAAUGGUCAGCUGACGCUCUUAGUGAUUUAUUGACUUCACAUUCACAAAACUGGCUUGCAAAAUAUAAGUUUAUUUUGUUUCUUUUUGUUAUGCUGCCUUAAGUUGACUAAAGUGUCCCUUUAACCACAUCAUAGGUUUAAUUAGGUAGGAUUAACAGGUAGUGGUGAAACUGCCAGGAUUGCAAAGGUCGCUAUUGUGAGUUACACUUGAUCUCCAGGCCAAAUGGGGACCACUCCUUUUGAACACCAUCAUUUAACAUAUUGCCAAUUUGGAAAUGCAGGGAACACUUUUAAUGCUCCCUUGCAGUUCUUGAGAUCCCUGUGUCAGAGCGCUGUCUCUGGAUUACCAUAAUAGUCUGACUCAUUGCGUAUAUGUCCGAGUUAAAGAGCAUGUAUAUGGUAGCACCACAGGGACCACCAUGGAUCAUACUCCUGUUGGAAAACAAGGGGUUAUACCUGCUUUUCUGUAAUAAGAAAAGCAAGGGGGGUGCUCUCUCUUCCUCCUCCCCAUAUCUUAUUUUCCAUGGGAAGACAAACCUGUCCACAGGUGUACCACAGACAAAUAGUGGAUGUGGCUCACAUUACAAAAUCCUACUAGUGGUUGGCAAAUGCAGGACUGAAAGACCACACUGAGGCACUAAUCUUAGCAGCACAGGAAUAGGCAUUCAGCACCAGAUCAGUAGAAGCGAGGAUCUACCACACCAGGCAAGACCCAAGUAGCAAACUGUGCAUAGAGGCCUCUAAGACAAUCCAACACAUAGUAUCUGUGUGCAAUAUGUUAUCAGGGCCAGCAUACACUACGAGGCACAACCAAUUUGCUGGGAUUGUGUACUGAAAUAUCUGCAUACAAUAUGGGUUGGAUCUGUCCAGGUCAAGAUGGUAGAUACCACAAAGGGUAAUUAAGAAUGGCUAAGAGCCUGUGGAAGUUUCAGAUCCAGACAGACAAGCAGGUAGUGGCCAACCAACCUGACAUUGGGGUGGUAGACAAGGAACGGAAUACUGCAGUGGUGGUGGAUGUGGCAAUACCAAGUGAUUAGUACAUCAGGGAGAAGGAACAUGAAAACAUAGACAAAUACCAAGGUCUGAAAGAAGAACUAGAAAGGAUGUGAAAAGUGAAGGCAGUGGAAGUUCCAGUUGUGAUAUGAGCACUCAGGACUGCUACUCCCAAGUUGGGGGAGUGUCUUCAACAGAUUCCAGGUGGAUCAUCUAAGAUUGCUGUCCAGAAGAGUGCAGUUUUAGGAGCAGCUAAGAUACAGCGCAGAACCUUCAGACUCCCAGGCCUCUGGAAGAGGACCCAUGAAUAAGAAAUAAAUAUACCACCCAGGAGGGGUGAGAAAAUAAUUUUAUAUAUUUAUAAAAAUAUAUCUCAUGCCAUUUAAUUAAUUCAGAUACAUUUCUUGAUAGCAGAUAGUUAGAAGUAUAUAUCUAAUUUAGCAAAAGUCAGUUUCUCAGUUAUAUCAGUUAAAUGAAUUGUUAAGGGUAACUGCUGGUAAAAUGCAAUUCAUUCUCUCUCUCUCUCUCUCUCUCUCUCUCUCUCUCUCUCUCUCUCAUUUUUUUUUUUUUUUUGUAAAUUAAAUUCAAAUUAGAUUUUUUUUUGUGCAUUAUUUAGUUGUGAAUAUGUUUGUAAGUUAAUUUUUUUUUUUUUUUUUUGUGGCCCUCCCUUGGCUUACCCUAGCUUUGUGGCGGCAGCCAUUUCUAACCCUUUUUGGUAGAAAGCACCAAAUAUCCGCUUAAACUAUAUGCAUAGUGAAAGUCUAAAAUCAUCCACAAUUAUGUAUUUUUACAUGACCGCUGAUUGCACGUGUUCUCAGGACUGAUCAACACACACCAGCAAUUACCAACAUGAUUUUUGGCCAAAUGAGCAGUACUUACACGUGCAGGGGACAUAAAGAUUGGCUGCCCCUAGGGUAAGGCAAGAGAGGCACAGAAAAAGAGGUAUAAACUUAGAGGGACACUAUAGUAACCAGAACCACUACAGAUUAAUGUAGUUAUUGUGUCUGCAGCCUAUCCCUUCAUGCUUUUUAAGUAAACACUUCCUAUUCAGGGAAAAGGCAGUGUCUACAUUGCUGCCUAGUGGCAGUCACUCAGGCAGCCACUGAAUGUGACACUAAAGGUGCUUCCUGUGUCACUGCUGGUGUUCACCGACUCCUCGCUCUGCAUGGAGAUGCUGAACGUUCCCAAUUGAGAUGCGUUGAUUCACUGCAUCUCUAUGAGGAGAUGCUGAUUGGCGCAGAUCUAUGGGAAAGCAUUGGAUUGUCUGAGAUUUUCCCUAGAGGAGGCGGGGCCAGUUGUGUCGAGAUCUGCGUGGUUUGGGUGAAAAUGUAAGUAAAUUCACCUUUUUACUACAAAGUGAGUUAUUUUACCACUAUUGUGUCAGGAAUACUACAGUGUUCCUUUAAGUAAGUAAUUAAUGAGACUAUAACUGUACUGUCUGCACUAAUAACUUGAAUUCUUUACUAUACUGACCGCAACAAGUGUUGGAAAAAUAAAAUGUAUAAUAUCUACUGCUAUCAAUUUUGCUUUAAACUGUGGGCAAACAAAGGGAGCUAAAAUGCCAGAAAUACAGAUUUGUAUUCCUGGCAUUAUACAAUUCCUUUAAUAGCUAAUCCGGUUUAUUAAAGGGACACUUUAGGCACCCAGACAACUUCAGCCUAUUAAAGUGGUCUGGGUGCCAACUCCCUUAACCCUGCAAGUGUAAUUAUUGCAGAGUUUAUAAACUGCAAUAAUUAUUGUGCAGGGUUAAGUUCUCCUCUAGUGGCUGUCUGCCAGACAGCCACUAGAGCAUGGGUGUUCCAACCUUUUGGCUUCUUUGGGCUGCAUUGAGCACAGAGGAAUUGCCUUGGGCCACACCUAAAAUCUAUAAUUUAUGUAAGAAAACUUCAAAACCCCUUUUCUUAAUUUUGAUAUUUCAAUUGUUUAGUAGAUAACUCCCUUAUUUGUUAUCCUUCUGUGGGAUUGCCAUAUAUACACAUGCAUAUGCACACAUAACCGCAGAUAUUUACAUACAUAUAUAAUCACAGACCUAUGCUCACAAUCACAAAUAUAAACAAUCACAGACCUAUACACAGCCACAUAUACACACACAUAAUCACAGAUGUACACACACAAACAUAUGUAUACAAUCAUAGAUCCACACACUCAAAUACAAUCCUGGAUCUAUACACACAAUGACGAUCUCUUGACCCGUCCUCCCCCUCUAACUAUCGUCCCAUAUCCCUGCUCCCUUUUUCCUCAAAGCUUCUAGAAAGACUUGUCUUUACCCAUAUGUCUCACUUCCUCAAUUCCAACCCUCUUCAAUCUAGCUUCCGCCCUCUUCACUCUACUGAGACUGCUCUCAUCAAAGUUACUAAUGACCUAAUCGCAGCUAAAUCCCUAACUCUUCUUGACCUCUCUGCUGCCUUUGACACUGUUGAUCAUGCUCUCCUUCUUCAAACUCUUCAAUCACUCGGUCUCUGUGACUCUGUCCUCUCUUAGUUUUCCUCUUAUCUCUCCCAACCCUCAUUCAGUGUCUGUUUUUCUAAUGAUACCGCCUCCCCUCAUCCUGUCUCAGUUGGAGUCCCCCCAGGCUCUGUCCUUGGUCCUCUUCUAUUUUCUCUUUAUACUGCCUCUCUUGGCAAACUUAUUACCAUUUUUGGAUUCCACCACCACCUGUACAUUGAUGUCACCCAGAUAUAUCUCUCCUCCCCGGACCUCUGCCCUGCUGUCCUACCACGUGUCACUGCUUGCCUUUCUUCCAUCUCUGAUUGGAUGUCCUCCCGCUUUCUGAAACUCAAUCUCUGUAAAACUGAGCUCCUUGUCUUUCCUCCUCCUAAUACUGAUCCUCCUCUUUCACUCUCCCUUCAAGUUAGUGGUAUCCACAUAAGUCCAUCCUUGUAAGCGUGCUGCGUUGGCAUCAUUCUUGAUUCUGACCUCACCUUUGAGCCUCACAUCCAGUAUGUUGCCAAAUCCUGUAGAUUCCAUCAACAUAGCCCGCAUGUGCCCCUUUCUUACACAGGAUGCUACCAAGGAGCUUGUCCAUGCUCUAGUAAUGUCCUGCAUGGAUUAUUGUAACCCUCUCCUAAUUGGUCUGCCCAAAAGCCGUAUUGCCUCGCUACAGUCUAAUAAAUGCUGCCGCUAGACUGAUUUUCCACUCUAGUUAGUUCUCUCACACCUCACCCCUCUGUCAGUCCUUGCAUUGGCUUCCUGUAUCCUAUAGGAGUCAAUUCAAAGUGCUAACCCAUACCUAUAAAGCACUGAACAAUUCUAGCCCCUCUUAUAUCUCUUCACAGAUCCAUAGGUAUGGCCCUUCUCGGUCUCUCUGCUCUGUAUGUGACCUUCUCCUCUCUGCUGCUUGCACCCGUACGGCCAAUUCACGCUUGCAGGACUUCUCAAGGGUGGCUCCCUUCCUAUGGAAUAGCCUGCCUACCGCCAUCAGACUCUCCCCUAGUCUUCAAUCGUUUAAGAAGUGCCUUAGAAAUCCAUCUCUUUAGGAAUGCUUCCCAGAGGCCUCCCGGAGUAACCUCUACCUUACAUACCUGUCUUUUGCUCUCUCCUAAAGGGCAGCACUCUACUCUUCUCCAGCUCCUCUUCACUCCACCUUAUUUGAUUGCUAUUUCCUGUCCUAAAGUGUUUUAUACCCCACCUCCUAUAGACUGUAAGCUUGCUUGAGCAGGGUCCUCUGCAACCUAUCGUUCCUGUAAGUUUUCUUGUAAUUGUCCUAUUUGAUAGCUAAAUCCCCCCUCUCAUAAUAUUGUAAAGUGCUAAGUGAAUCUGUUGGCGCUAUAUAAAUGACAAUAAUAAUAAUAGUGACAAAUAUACACACACAUACAGUCACAGACCUUUACACAUAGUAACAUACAUAAACACAUCACAGACCCACACAAACACAGAUCCACACACAUAAUCACAUACAUACACACAAAAAAUCAGACCCAUACACACAUACAAUCACACGGGCCGCAGGUUGGACACCCCUGCACUAGAGGGACUUCCGUGUUCUUAGACAACUUUUGGUUGAUUAAUGCUUUCCUAUGGGGAAGUCUAAUGAGUGCGCGGCUAUCGACGGGCAUGCGAAUUAGAUCUCACACAUCGGCGGAUGUUUUUAACCCUUCAGCGAUGUUUGAUGGGGGGCGGGAGGGAGAGGGGCACUGCAGGAUUCUACAUUGCCAGGAAAAUGGGUUUGUUUUCCUGGCACUAGAGAAUCCCUUUAAUUUUGUACACUAGAAACCCUUCAUUUAAUUAUGAGGCAGUUCUGAGAGAGCAAAUAUUGAAAUAAAAAUGUAUAGCUCUAAUAACUAAAUCAUUUCUAUUGUUUAUAUUAUGUGUUGUGUGCAGAUUGUUACAGGUAAACAGUGAAAUUCUCUUAUAUUUUCAAGGUUACCGUAUGCUUCAUUCUUGCUCUGGCUGUUCUCUGCUGUAAGGGUGAUUGAAGACCCUAACAUGAAUUAAUUAGCUGACAUUCUAACUGCUCGCUUUUUCUGCUUUGUAAGAUAAACCUACAAUUCAAAACAAUAAUGGAUGCAGAGUUCUCAAGGAGAUACUGUGUACUCCUAGAUUAUUUUCAUGCACAUUAGUAAUAAGCGAUGGCCAGAUUUUGGACAGACAGACCUACUGUGCAGGUGAAUGCAAGCAAUAAGCGAUACUGGACAUGACAAACUACCUUUUAAUGGAAGUAACUGUGCAUGCUUGCUUGGGGGCAAUAUAUCUGACUUAGUGCAUUGAUUGGUUGGUUCACCUACUUCCUUAUUGAGAUGGAUAUCUUCAUGGAGUAUUGUUGCCCACAAAGCAAUGACUUCAGAACAGUAUCUUUUUUAAUUUAUUGGUUUGUGAAUUAUUUAAUACUAAUCCACACAGUGAUUACAAGUUUGUGUGUGUGGGGUUGAGAUACAUUUAAGAUUCCCCUUAAGUACCCUUUCCACGGUUGGGAGAAUAUUGGAGGUGUAAAUAUUAAUCCUGUGCUUUAUAUAACGUGUAAUAUAAUAUGUAUUUGCGAGGUGUGAAGAAUUCAAUUAAAACUACAAAUCUAUAUACUACUUCAUCCUGCAUCUGGGUGCUUCAAUCUUGGUUCCAUCAAUCAUUACAAUAAGCUUCGUGACUUGCACCUGGCAUUCAGCAUAGAGAAAGCUUAGUGAGAAGAGGAAUUAUGGAUUAUGAUAUGAACUGCUAAAUCUUUAAUAUAAAUUUAAAAGAAAAACGAACAUCUCACGAAAAAGGGUUCACACACGGCAUGUUAUCAAUGUUCUAUUCAAUGGUGAAAAUUCCAGAGAAGUGACAGUCCCCCUUUCAGUAAUUCAACAGAUUGUGUAUUGAUUUCAUCACUUGGUGGCUUCUUACUUCUUACUUGCUAAUUAUUACCUGUGCACUGGGUUCUUCCUGUUUAAAUCUCCUAUGUGCAAAGAGAAAUCAAUUCCUUCCGGCUAGCUAUUGUCAGAAUCCCUCAGGUGGAUCAGAACCCAUUUAGACACCUACACCUAGGUGCCUGUUGUCGUUUAAAAAAUGUAUAUGAAACAAGCAGACUUCUCAAUAAUAUUUACCAAAAGCACAUCUGGAGCCUUCAUAUUGUAGGUUUUUUUUAUUUUAAAGUGGGGGGCUGAAACUACAGCACAGGAAUACCUUAAGGUUAACCUUUUAUUGUUUUUGAUUGCCAGAAACAUAAAUAAUGUAGUCCCUUAGCCCCCAGAUAGAAUGUUAAUUUCAUUUUAAAGUCCUCUUCUGUUGGCUGACCUCAGACUGCAUUGCGACAGCAGUCUGAUUAAACAUUAUACAAUAAUGACAAUAGAGGAAGGAAUCAUUGCCUCAAGUGACUAGCCUACAUAAUGACCAGGCCUUGCGAGUGCUGUAGAGCCUAGAUAACACAGUUAAAUGUAGAAAUGUUAAGGUUAGAAGUGUAGAAGGUAUUGGUACUGGAAAAAUAAUUUUCUCUCUCUCUCUCUUUAAUUUCUGGAGACUGUUUACUUUUUUUCAUUAGCAAGUUAAAGGGAUACAUCUUGAUGGAGUGUUUGGGUUCUUUUAUUAUAACAGGUCUCCCAACCACCUCUGAGAUCGUUGUUCCAUGGUGUCCCACUUUUGUGGACAGCAGGAAACUGCCCCAAAAAGUGAAGCACGAGUGCAUCAUUAGAUGCGCUUUCUCUACACUCUGUGCCCUAGGACCAUGUAGUGAGUAAUGAAACAGUGCUCCCUGCAUGCUGUUACUUAAGUGGGCUUGCCUGGUGUGCAUUCAUGCCUGGCUGACAUGCUGGUAGUUUGGACGACUAACCCUCUUUCUGGUCAGGUGUACCCACUUUGGGCCAAGCCAGUGAUGCAAUCACAUAACUGGCUGUCCCCUCUACACUCUUCCACCGGUGUCCUGCUUCUGAGGGACGCAGAUGUUGGGGGGGUGUGUCAUGCUCCUGUAAUAAAGAUCAGCAACUUUUUAAAGUAUAAUUUUACAAUGCAAUGAGUGUCAUUAAGCGGUUUCAUUUACAUUUCUUUUCUUUUUUUUUUUUCAAGUUUCUGUCUGCGGACUCAAGUGUGGAUAUAUACAUUUAUUUUGAGAUUGCUAUUUCUCUUUCUUUCCACAGUUUGCCUUUAUGUAAGCAAUAUAAUUUUGAUUACUUGAGUAUUGUUUUACAAUAUACAUUGAUUGAUAUUUACUUUUGAACAUCUGUAACGAUUGCAGUUGCUCAAACAAAGCAAUAUUAUGGUAGAAUAGUGCAGCUUGUUUCCUUGGAAGCAUUAAAGUGUUGCUCUGUUUCAGUUUGGGCGUAUAUGAAAGAAAAUAAAUCUUUUUCUCCUGCCCUGAAUAUUUCUCUGUGGGUGUCUCCACAAGGUGAUUUAGACCGAGCAGGAGCUCUCAUCGCUAGUCUACAAGUAGAAUCAACUGUCAGAAAUGUAGGUUUUCUGAGAUAUGUAUGCUCUUUUUUUUUUUGCUGUUCUGUAUUAUAAAUGGUUACACUGCUGAGAUGCAACCUAUACAUUUCCAGAUAUGCAUUACAUUUGCUUCAAUCCUAUAUUUUCUGAUUGCUCAUUCUUUUAAAAUGUUGUUUUAAACCACAGCUGACGGUGGUAGAAAAAAUCUGCCUACUCCUCUCACCCCCUAAAAAAUUAAUCUCUGAAAUCUACCAAUCAAUACACACACACACACACAAUGACCAUACUAAAUUUUCCUUCACAACUGCCUGGGAGAAAGAAUUUAAAUAUAACCUAAUCCUGCAGCAGUGGAAAGACAUUAUACAAAUAUAUUCGGGGCCAAUACAAACCAUUGUGUGGAAAUCUAUUCACAAACCGGACUUUACAUAGGACACGAGGCCAUGCGUUUAGACUGGAAGAAAGAAGAUUUCGUCUAACGCAAAGGAAAGGUUUUUUUUACUGUAAGAACAAUCAGGAUGUGGAAUUCUCUGCCUGAAGAAGUGAUUUUAUCAGAGUCCAUACAGAUGUUCAAACAGCUACUAGAUGCAUACUUGCAAAAACAGAAUAUUCAAGGAUAUAAUCUUUCAAUGUAGGGUAAUAACUGCUUGAUCCAAGGAUAAACUGCCGUUCUGGGGUCAAGAAGGAAUUUUUUUCCUAGCUUGUUGCAAAAUUGUGCUUCAAACUGGGUUUUUUUUGCCUUAUUUUGGAUCAACAGCAAAAAACAAAUGUGAGGAAGGCUGAACUUGAUGGACGCAAGUCUCUCUUUAGCUAUGUAACUAUGUAAAGGCGCACAACUCCCUUUCUAAAUGUGCCUCACCCAUGGAGCUCUCUCGUAAAAUCCUAUACAGGUGGUAUUUAGUACCUACUCGCAUCAAAGCCGCACAUCCACAAGCAUCUAACAUAUGCUGGAGAUGCCAGCAACAUAAAGGCACGAUGCUCCAUAUCUGGUGGAUCUGUCCCAUCCUAACCCGAUUCUGGGACACCAUUUCCACCAUAAUCCAAGAGAGCACAAAAACACUUUUACCCAGAACACCCGAAACAUACCUCCUCCAACUAUUUCCAAAAGGAAUGAGGAGGAAGCAAAAAUACCUAACAUAUCAGAUACUCAUGGCGGUCCUUACGGUAAUUAGCAGACACUGGAAAUCACCUCUACCAAUGCCAAUCACUGAAUUUACACAAAUAUUAGAAACUACAAGACUCUAUGAAAUAGCUGCCAGGCCCCCCUUCCAAAGAAGGACUGGCUAGAGGCAUGAGACGAUUGGCGCCAAUACAUGGAGCACAGUAAUUCCUCCCCGAAAUGAAAUGAGAUGGCAAAAGCAUAUAUCUGCAAACAGACAGCUGUGUUCCUCAGGGCACGAGCCAAUGUACAAACAUGUAAAAAACGGUACUGAAUAAGGUCAGUGCAAGUCGCUUCACGCCUGGGAGUGACACUCACUUCCCCGCACCCCUCGUUGCCCCCCAACCGUUUCCCCCUUUUUCCCAGUGGCAACCUGGAUAAGGAAUAUCUAAGUCAACAAUACCGUACCUGAAGCACGCAUGACCUGAUUUGCUCAAAUAAGUGCAAACUUGUAGCGUAAUACUCCAGAUGGAAAUUGUAUAUUCAAUUUGUAUACUGUAUGACACACCUAAAUUGCUAACAAUCAGGCACCAAUGGUAUGUGCCCAUACCACUGUACUAGGUACGUUUAAGCCUGCCACUGCUUUUCCCCCACUCUUUUUGUAUCCCCCAAAAGAUCAAUAAAAAUUGUCAAAGUAAAAAAAAAAAAAGUUUUUAAUUCCAUGCUAAUUAAAUGCCAAAGAAGGCAUUCCAAAUCACUCGUGAUAGAAACAUAAAUGUUUGCUUUAUUAAAACCUGUAAGUACAUCUAUAAGGGCAGAUUUGUCAAGGAUAUAUGUUGUCAUAUGAACAGAAUUCAGAAUUCUCUUAAUCACCCUGAAGGUUUGUGUGAGCAUAGAAGAUGUAAAAGUCUGCCUCUUGCCGCCUUAAUGUUAUUUGGAAUCGGCCAGCUGGUAGUCUAAAACUGUACAAUAUGUUCUAUUUAGAGCUGUCAGAAGCCAUAACCCAUCUUCCUGAUACAAAAUUAAUUUAAAAAGAAGUAUGGCAGGGGUCUCCAAUGCUCCACCAGCUUUCUCGCCCCCCAAUCUAAAGUGUAUUGUUCAAGAUUUUAGUUAAAAGAUCAGUCUCAGCAGUAUAGCAACUUUGCAUUAUUGAGAAUGCCUUGAAACUGAAUUGAUUUGUGGAAAAAAAUAAAAAAUAACUGCAGUUGCCACCCCCACACCUGUCAAUCACGCAGAUGGGAUGUUCGUCAUGCGGAGACCAGAGCUGCAAAUCACAUAUGCAGUCUAUUGCUUAUGCAUUAGAAAUAGAGGGUGAUUAUUGUUUAAAACGGGUGCUACUCAAUGAUUCCUUAGUUUUAGGGGAAAUCCUGACAUAGUGGGUGCCAGUUUCCAUAUUAACCAGGGAGGACUCCUAAGAGUGCUCUUCCACAUGUGUGAGGUAAUGGUUUAAUAUACUUGAAAAUGCCACAAUGUUUCUGCUACUUCCUUUCUUGUUAGGAAGAGGAUACUAAUAACAUCCUGCCCAUGGCAUAGCUUGGCAUAGCAGCCUCUGUCCGUCCUGUGCAAAAGAGCCAGGAUUCCUCUGUUGUGCAUUUAACAGUUGUCACAUGUAAAAAUGGAAAUGAGGGAAGGAAGCCACAUUUACUUGAAGCCAGGAAAAGUAAUAAACCCAUUACACGUCUUAGCCAGUUCUAAUAAGUAGCCCAUUAUUAUGCUUGGAACCUUACCUCCUGCACAUAUUGUGGCUUUGGUAAUAUGAUGUGAAAUUCUCUAUUGGCCCCACAACUUUUGAUGGCAAUGAUGAGCUGAAAGUAUCAUCAGACAAGAUUAAUAAAACUUAAAAACAAAACCUAUUCACUUUAUUAAAUGAAAAUUUUUAUUUGAAAGGACCAGUCUUUUGUUUAAUUGGAGAUUACUCUCAAAUACCAUAAAGUCAAUUGUGGGAACAAUUGUGUUUUUCUCCUUGUUUGUUUUAUUUUUUAACCAUUUAAAAUAUUUAUUUGCUAUGCUGUUUUUUUUUUGUUUUUUUUUGUUUUUUUUUUAGUUAACAACACUUGGAAAUCUCACACCUGCCAGUACCGUGUUCUUCUGCUGUGACAUGCAAGAAAGAUUCCGACCAGCAAUCAAAUAUUUUGGAGACAUAAUCAGUGUAGGACAAAGAUUGGUAAGUGCUCACGUGGCCGUUAUCACAGAUUAGGAUAAGGGUGAUUAUAAAAUUUGAAUGUGUUUGUGUACCGUCAUUUAAAAUGGGUUUUCUUUUCAUUUUAGCUCCAAGGUGCACGCAUUUUAGGAAUCCCAGUUAUUGUUACAGAACAGUAUCCUAAGGGUCUUGGAAGUACUGUUCAAGAACUUGAUCUUACAGGGGUGAAACUUGUUGUGCCAAAAACGAAAUUUUCCAUGGUCUUGCCAGAAGUGGAAGCGGCAUUAGCAGAAAUCCCUGGAGUUCGUAGUGUUGUUUUAUUUGGAGUGGAGGUAUUUAUAUCUUUUAUAUAUAUCUUUUAUAUUUUUUUUUUUUUUUAAACAAUUUUUCUUUCUUCCCUUUGGUGCCCAUUUCUGACAGGUGAAAAUAGCUGGAAAUUCAAUGUAAAAUUCACAGUAUUUGGCUUUAAAAAAAAAAAAAAAAAAUGUAUUAUCUCUCCAGUUCAACUAGAUGUGCCUAUAUUUUUAAAAUGUAAUUUGAAUUUCUAGCAAGUCUCACUUUAGUGAAUAAGCCUGUCAAUAUUUUAUGGCCAAAUAUGUCAACAAUUUGGUUUCUAUCCUGGUUUAUGUAAACAAAAUCUUAAACCUAAACGCUGACAGGAUUAUUUCAGCUUAAUAUAAAAUGACACAUUCAGAUAUGGUUAAUUUAAAUUUGCAUUUGUUAACCUAAAAGUAAGCAAGGAAACGAUUUCUUUUUUAACUUUUCCAUUAUUUAUAAUAUAAUAUAUUCUUAUACAUUUUAAUAGAAUUUUUACAUCAUGUUGUUUUAAAGUUUAUUACUUAUGAACAUUGUCCAGAACACUGUAGGAUCUUUUCAAUAAAUGCUGACAUUCUCCUGCAUUCAGUUAUUAAAAUUGCUGUUUGAGUCACUCUGUGCAUUAACAAUCUCAGAGCCGAAUGAAUGCCUGCAAUUUCAAAUGGAUUGUAUGGCCGCAGUAGGAUUCACGUCAAAGUAGCUCAAACCAUUUCAACGAAAUUGCAAUCAAACUGCAAAUGAAUUUCCUGGCUAAAAUAAACAAACAAUGCUACUAAUGUUAAGAGUAAAUUUUGGAAGGAUUUACAUUUGAGUUACCCUUCUAGGAUUGAGGGGAGGGAGUUUGGGAGGGAUUAAGGUGAUAUAGGAUUAGGAAGGUUUAUAGAGUUUUAAGUACAAUUCCCCAGGACUGUAUUUUGUGAAUGAGAACAACCAAAUUAAGGUAAUUCAGUUGCAAUGUACUUGUGAGUAGCUAAAUCUUAUAGAGAUUUGUCUGAUUUCAAUAACCAAAAUUGCCUUUUGUCAAUAGCCGAAUAUGUUAAAACAGCUGCAUUUUGUUACUGAAUGGUAGAGAUUUGGGAUUUAGUGAAUAGACUCCUAUACAUGCAUUUCUUGUAAAUUACUGAUUUGUGUAGCAUUAUUUUUUUAGCAUUUACUAUUUAUAACAAGCUAUUCAGGUUUUUUUUUGUUUUUUAUCCUUGAUUAGACUCAUGUGUGCAUUCAGCAAACUGCAUUAGAUCUGAUAGGUAGAGGUGUGGAAGUUCACAUUGUGGCUGAUGCCUCUUCAUCAAGAAGCAUGAUGGAUAGAAUGUUUGCCUUGGAGGUAAGAUCAAAGGGCUUAAAUAAUUUAAAUAUCUGUAUUUGUUCAUCAUAUUUGUUCUAUUUUGCUUAUAAACAAGCAAAUUAAGAACAGUCUCUCUAUAGUCACAAACAUCAUACUUCUUGUGGUCUUUUGCACCACUCAAUAUUGACAAAACAAUGGACUACAUUUCAGUCCAAUUUCAUACACUGGCUUUUGUGACUUAAUAGUGACUUUUUUUUCUUUUCUUCCAGUAUCAAGCAUCAUUUAUCAAAGUGGUCAUAAUCCAUAUUUUACUAAUGCCUUCCUGCUGGAAAUGCUGCUAAAGUUUGAAAACCUUGUCUUAAAACCAAAACUGAUCUUAUUUUUAAUUUUGUGAUGUUUGCCACCAAGAAUUUGUGCUUAACAAAAAAAGUUAAAUCUUCAGGCUUUGUUAAUAUAUUACAUAGUUAAGGUUGCAGGCAGCCAAGUGCAUUGAUGAUGCUAUUAUGUUCUAUAUGCAUACUGAAUUGUGUGUGUUGUUUAAGGUUCUUCUAAACAGAUAUUUCAGGUAUUCCUGUGGUGUCAUUAGGGUUUGUGUCGUCCUUUGCUUUGACCUUCUCCUGUACCUGACCAUAUGAGAUCCCUUGAGGUCCAAUGGUGAGUUCUUCUAGUCUUCACCUUCGAGGUCAUUUUUACUGUGGGAUACGGCUCUCACUAUUACCAAGAGAUAUAUAAGGUCAGAACCCGCCGAAGAUGCAGACCAGAAGGUCUCUAGGCUCCUGUGCAGUGAGUGCACUGGGCAAGUGAGGAAAGUCUUUGAUCUCUCACUGGACCAUGAAGGGACACCAUAUCCUCUGAAUGGAUUAGUCAGGCCAUAUUGGGCACUGCCUUAAAGUAGCAUCAGCCCUGUUGGUGUCACAGCUAGAGAUGUCGCGAACUGUCCGCCGAACUGUUCGCGAACUGUCCGUCGGCAAAAAAUAGCGUGUUCGCGUUGGGCGAACAUAUCUGAUUUCCGGUCCGCCCCCUAUACGUCAUCAUUGAGUAAACUUUGACCCGGAACCUCACAGUCAGCAGACACUUCCUGGGAGGGAGGGAGGGUCUGCUGCUGAUUGGGUGGAAUGUGUCUGCUGGCUGUGAGGUUCCGGGUCAAAGUUUACUCAAUGAUGACGUAUAGGGGGCGGACCGGAAAUCGGAUAUGUACGCCCAACGCGAACACGCUAUUGUUCGCCGGCGGACAGUUCGCGAACAGUUCGGCAGACGGUUCACGACAUCUCUAGUCACAACGUGUAGUCCACUACCUCAUAGUGAUGCCAGUGGGUGUGUGCACAUUUAUUAAACCUUGAUACCAUUACUCCACUGCCAAAUGGCAAUAAUUUCCCCCCUUCAGCCCCACAUUAAAAAUAGACACAGAGAAGGAGACUAGAUGCUUGUUACUCCAUUUGACACUGCAUGAAUGAUAGUUCCAGUGAAAGUUGAUCACAAAACUCUAAAAGGUCCAAUCACAGUGCGGUGGUACGUAGUUUCAAGCUGUGGACUGCUGAAAGGAAUACACAUUAAGAUGAAGUGUAGGUGCAUCAGGAGGUAUGGAGAACAACAAAGAACUAAAAUUUUGUGCAGAAUAGCUGAACUGACACAUUUCUCUAAGUCAGCUAUGCUUUCAAUUUAACUACUCUGGCUUUAGAUUUGAAAUUUACUUUGAAGGCUCACUCUAUUAAAUAAGUAAAGGGAUCUCCUCCCUCAAUUUCCAAACAUAUGCCGUUUGGUCGAUUGCUGUACAAAUUGAUUUCACAGCGGACCAUCUGUCCAUCCCUCCUAAUGUGCAAGAUUCCUGUGAGCUUUAGUCCGCUUAACAGCUCUCAUAAGUAUAAGGCUAAUAAUUGAACUAUAACUACUCUGAACAGAGGUGAAGCUGGGACUGGGCACCAAUGUCUAGUCGGCCUCUCCUCUCUAUGAUUUAAAGGGACUCUAUAGACACCCAGACCACUUCAGCUAAUUGAAGUAGUCUGGGUGCUGUGACCCUUUUGCACUUAGUGCUGCAAUGUUAAACAUUACAGUUCCAGAAAACUCAAUGUUUACAUUGCAGCUCUAAGUCUGCCCUCUACCAGACAGGAACUAGAGGGCUUCCGAAAUCCACUUUUGGUCCGUUAUCGGACGUUGGAGGUUCUCAUGGACCUCCAGCGUCAGAUUUUCCCCAUAGGAAAGUCUAAUGCACUCGCGGCUGACAUCAGCGGAGUAGCUUGGGCAGAGCCUGACCCAGUGCCGAAGGACAUAGACGCUGGAUUCGGGUAAGUGACUGAAGGGAUUUUAACCCCUUCAGCCCCAUGGGAGGGGGAGAGGGAGGGGCACUAUAGGGACCUAUAGUGCCAGGAAAACAGAUUUGUUUUCCUGGCACUAUAGUAUCCCUUUAAUCUUUGCACUGCUGUUGAACAUGUUCAGACUCUGCAGACUCCAUAGCCUGUCUAAGCUAUUUCCUGGAUUAGACAAGGCUGAUGAUGUAUUGUAAGAGGAUUUGCACAAAAUGAACAAGCUUGAUUAUCUUUUCUUCUUUCGGAUUGGAUGUCUUUAUUUUUACUGCACCACAUAAAAAAGGUAAGUUUCAACCUGGAAUGCCUCUUUUUAUUGUUUAAGCAAACAAGCAGUUUAUAAUUUUUUUUUUUUAUUAUAAUUAUUAUCCUUUUGUAAAACAUAAGCUAUUUUAAGUUAAGUAUGCAUAAAUAUUUAUGGUGUCCUGAUGACAGUGUGUGAAUGCACACAGAGGAAGUGUUUUUUUCUUUGUUUAAUAUACGCUACCCUGAAUAAAUAACGGUUAUAAUAAAGAUUAUGAGAGUGCUAUUUUUUAAAUGCUGCUGUGAGUCUCUAUCAGUAAAUAAUUUAUUAGUUUUGCUCAAAUAUCUGAAUGCCGUUCAUUUGUUAUAAAAGAACACUAUAGGUACCCAACCACUUAAUUUCAUUGAAGUGGUUUGAGUGCACUGUCCCUGCCCACUUAGCCCUGCAGUUUUAGAGAAACUGCAGUGUUUACAUCGCAGGGUUAAGACAGCCUAUAGAAGCGGUCUCCCAGACAGCCACUAGAGGUGCUUCCUGGCACUUCACUGACUUUUAACCCUUGACUUGCCAUCAAAAGGGUCGGGGGAGGGGGGGGGCAGAGGAAAACAUUUUGUUUUCCUUUAAUGUGCAGUGGGUUUUGGCUAGAGAUGCCGUUUCUUCUCCUUUAUGUUAAGGCAUGUCCAUUUAUUUACGUUGUAAACUUGAUUACAUGUGCGCUUGCUAGUUAAUACUUAAUCAGCCAAUAAUGAGGCAACAGCAUAAUGCAUACAAAGAUGCAGAGAUGAUCUUGAAUAGCUAAAGGUUAAUUUGUUUAAAGCAAAUAUCAGAGUGGGAACAAGUAUGGUUUCAGUCACUUUGACCAUGAGUUAGUUAUGUGUGCUAGACAUGGUGGUUUCAGUAUUACAGAAACUGUGGCUUUACUGGGAUUUUCACACACACAGCAGCCUCUAGAAUUUACAGAGACUGCAACAAUUAAAAACAAACAAGAAAAACCUCCAUUGAAUGCAAGGUUAUUAAGGUCUUAUUUUGAGAUGUAUAAGGAGAAAUUUCAGAUUUGUUGAGCUGAUUGGCAACAGUAACCGAAUCGAGUUAUUUUUAUUUUAUUUGAGAGCAUAUCUUAAUGCUGAACACUUAAAAUCUGGUAAGUCAUUAGGCUACAACAGAAAACAGUAGAAAGUACAGAUUAUAAUUUUGUCAGAGUAAAACUGCAAACUGAGGCUAUGGUGGACAAAAGUGCACCAAAACUGGAGAUCAUAAAAAUCAAGCUUUCUCCUUAAAAGACCAUAAGCCACUUAACUUAAUCUAGCGCCGGGCUCCCUCGGCGCUGGUGACCUCUCCGACGUCCGCUCCAGAGUGGAGCCAGAGCCGUGCGCGCAUUCAAACCGCCCAUAGGAAAGCAUUACUCAAUGCUUUCCUAUGGACGUUCUGUGUGCUCAAUGUGAUUUUCGCAUUGAGCGUCAUGGAAGCGCAUCUAGCGGCUGUCUGGAAGACAGCCACUAGAGGCUGGAUUAACCCUGCAAUGUAAACAUAGCAGUUUCUCUAUGGGAGACCUGGCACCGAGACCACUUCAUUGAGUUAAUGGUUUAGGCUGGUGGUGGGAAAUAAUUUGCUUUGCAUUUCUCAAAAAGAAAAAAACAUUCUAUUGAAAUCACUAGAAUGUUUUCUGUGAUUUGCCCAAUAUUUAUCACUGCGUGUUAUUCUAUUUUUUUUCCCUUGAUUGAUCACCCAACCAAUUAUUUUAAUGUACAGUGUCAGUGGUGAAUGGAUCAUAUAAUUUUUACAGGAUCAGGCAGCACCCAUAUACCUGUAUGAUGCUUAUUGGCAAUAAUAUUCAUUAUUGUGGGAUACAACUAAUUGAAUGAUCUUCAAAGUAAAGGGUUAAAAAUAAAACCUAAGUGAGUUAAAUUCAGUGAAAGGCCAGGAUCUUGAAUGAUCCUGACAUUUGACUCACUGUGUAUAUAUGACUUUAUGAAAUAAUCACAAGCUCCUCAGUUACCAAGACUACUCUCUGUGGUCCUACAUUAUUAAUUGCUUUUAUGUGUAGGUCUUUCUCUCUACGAUGAAUGAAUACAUUGAAUUGAAGUCCUAGAGAAAAAAAAAUUAAAAAAAAAAUGUUUAAAUGGGUGCAGAUUCCACAGCUCAUGCUGAUCAGAAAAAAAAAAAAAAAUCUCUUCAACAAGUAACAAUUAUGUCAUCUUUAAACAUUAAUUUGAGGCCAUCCUCGUUUUUCAAUAAUGUUGCGGGAGCUGUUAAAAGAGGAAGUACGUUUUUUUUUUUUUUUUUUUGAAUAACCUAGUCUCAGUUUUCAUCUCAACCAGAAAAUAAAAUGGAGGGUAAAAUGUAUUCAGUGCCUUUGUUGAUCACCAGUGGAAACCGUAUUCAAAUUAUGAAUUGCAAACUAGUGCUUUCAAAAAUAUCGGGUUGUGUGUCACAGUUUUAAAAUGCUAUAGGUUAAUUUUAAUAUUUGAAAUGAAAUCUUUGAGGAGGUAUUUCUUGAUUAGGGGAUACAUCCAUCCGAUUUCAUUUUAGAUAUCUUACCAUUACACUAAAUAAAUUAGCACAGAAAUGAAUACAGAUAAGUUUUUUUUAUAGUGGGCCGGGUUUGCAGUACUUUUCCAUUUUGAGGUACACUUUAUUGCAAAGUUGUAUUCUGUAAUCCUAAGCGCGGAAAUUCUAUAGGGAUCAAGCAGGAUAAGUUGAAAAAGGUAAAGAAUAAAAAGAGGCUGUGUUCUGUCAUAUGAUGACAGUACAGCAAAAGAAAGCACUAGUCUGACUAAAACAUAUUUCAAAACAUCCAAGAACAUUCAUUGUGUUGACAUUGAACAAAAAGUCAAAAUACUAAAAUAUGGAGGACACAAGCUGCUUACGUCCAAUACACAGGUGAUUACUUAUAAGCCUGAUGUUUUUGAGUGCUUUUGUAGUGGUAGUAGGCUGUGUGCUUGUCAUGUUUUGCAUUGGAUCUGGUUGAAGGACUUCAAAUGUAACCUUUGAUGACUCCAGUGAUACUGAUUGGCUUGUAAUGAUAUUUACAGUACUCUAAGUACAAUAUUCAACGUACAUCCUUCAUUUACAUGUCUCUAGGAUAUUUCAAAUGAACAGUCACAUUUAUCUGACAUUGAUUACUAGCUGAUGUGUGGCUGCCUGGAUGCACAAGAAGGUCACUUGUGGGCAGACAUUGAAUGACCCAGCUAAAUUGCAAUCAAUUCUUCUGUUCCAUGCCAGCGGCAGUUCUGUGUGCUUAGCCUUUAAAUAAUUGUAGAGUAAUGGCAAAUUAAAUCGAAUAACACUGUGCUGACAUUUACAGAAAAGGACUUCAGGCGGCAUUCAUAUAAACAGUAGCAUGUGGGUUCUGUUUAUAUAAUUUUAAAUUAUUGCUGAUGUGGCCUAAAUAUGUUUGAGUAAGCUUGGUAACAAAUGGUGUAGUGAUAACAUGUUCUCAUUUUGUAGUCUAUAUAGUUUAUACAAGACAGGAACAUCGUUAUCCUAAAGGUUCUCUUUGAAACAUUUUGUCUCGCUUGCUUGUUUGUCUUUUUUUUUUUUAUGAUGUACCGUUGCCAAAUGAGAAGCAAUCCUUCAGUUUAAGUGGACUUCACUGUCCAAAUUGAGGUCCAGUUGCUUUUUGUUUUGGCAAAGGAACUAGACUGUGAACAGUGUCUUCUUUGCGAAUUAAAAAAUGUUUGGACAAGAGCAUACAUAAAUAUUAAUAUAUUUGCCUUUGAAAUGUGCAUUUUAUUGGAUUAAAGAGUACAGAAACAUGACAUUUAAGCCUGCAAGGGGAUUAAUACAACAGGAGUAAUUAGUUUUGGGCAGGGAGCAUUUUAAUGUCUACUCUCUUGCCUCCGUCUAAAACUACUUUGCAUCCCUCCAAAACUACUUUGGGUUUCAACAUGAGUUGUAGUUGAUUAUAACUUUGCAAGACUAAUGAUUGACAACCUCCCCUUGGCACUGAAAGGGUGCCCAUAUCCAGUUCAGCUAGGCUUGCUAGCUAGCAAUGGCAGCACAAAUAAAAGGGAAGUUUUCUAUAAAUUAAUACUUGCUGUAUCCAGCAGUAGGUUUGUCGCUUAUUAGAUUAUGCAGGAAGCUUAUCAAUUCUGAAUUAUGGCGGGGGGAAUAUACGAAGUGUUUUCUGACAUUAUGUGGAUUUUAAAAAGUUCUAUGGUAAAAACUGAUCAAUUACAGCAGUUUCCUUUUGGGAUCCCAGCAGUGGUUGGCAAAUUGGAAAUAACACAAAAUGGAAAUAACACACUCAAGCCCUGGCCAAGGGAAUAAAGAAUUGAUAACCGCUCAUUCUUGCGUUUAUUAGUCUUCCAUCCCUUGGCAAGAGCUAUCAGCAAGGGAUAUAUAACAGCUUAUAUACCCCAAACAUUAGCGGUAAAAGGGGGUUAAGGCAAAUCAUCCUGUUGUUGUGCUUUGCCCUUUUCAUCUAAGGGGAACAAAUGGCUUAUUACUGUGAUUCUAUUCAUUUAUACUUCCAUGAAUCUCAAUAGCUGUUGUAAACACUGAUCAGUAUAAAAAUAAUGUAAAAUGAGGUGAAAUUUUUUUUUUUUUUUUUUAUGACUGACAUUCACCAAUCUUGGAAAAUGAAGGUGUAGUUACUAUAUCAUUGCAAGCCUCCCAACAGACAGUAGGCACUAGGACCAUGCAGGGAGCACUUCGGCAGCACUCCCUACGUUAUCAAGAAGGCUGAUGACUGGUCAAACAGCCUGUUAGUUGGCUGGCCCAACAAAAAUUGCAAUGCCACAGCAAAAAAUACCCCCAAAAAGGCAGACAAAGUAGUAGCUAAACUAAGAAAUAAGACAAUUACCAUGCAACGAGACCUAGACAUAGAGUUGGAUGGCUGGGGUAUGCACUAACGUGUUGAAAACCGCAUGUAUGCACAAAACCGAAGUCCUUCACAGUUGGAAGAUGUGAUAAGAAUACUUUGUUUUUCCUUUAAAGCUAAUUUACAGGAAAACGUAUCUGAAUUUAGGAAUGAAAUCACUGAUAACUGAAAAGAGAACUGCAUGUCUGUCGCAGUCUAUAGGAGAACAUGCAGUUGCCCAUAAUUGUUUAGUCGACAAAGUCCUAGACGUCAAAAACCAAAUCCAACUGCUGUCAUUUAAACCCGUAGCUUUGAAGGAUUGUAGCCAUAGAAAACCAUCAGAAUAUGACAAAAAUGUUUAGACCUCUAAUCUGUUUGCAUACUGACACAUUUACAUUUGCUCAUGUCUGGGGUUACUUGGCAAGAUUUUUUGAUUGGCAGAGCUCACCAGCACCUGAAGCCUAAAUCCUUGCCUUCCUUGGGAAUUAGAGAUGUCCUUUAAAAGAUCAACUACUUUUAUAUCAAAGACGCCAUUUUACACUAGGAUAAAGUUGGUUUUGCCUUACCUGAAAGGUUUCACCAACUGCUUAAAGGACCACUCUAGGCACCCAGACCACUUCAGCUUAAUGAAGUGGUCUGGGUGCCAGGUCUAGCUAGGGUUAACCCAUUUUUUCAUAAACAUAGCAGUUUCAGAGAAACUGCUAUGUUUAUGAAUGGGUUAAGCCUUCCCCUAUUUCCUCUAGCGGCUGUCUCAUUGACAGCCGCUAGAGGCGCUUGCGUGCUUCUCACUGUGAUUUUCACAGUGAGAGCACGCCAGCGUCCAUAGGAAAGCAUUAUGAAUGCUUUCCUGUGUGACCGGCUGAAUGCGCGCGCAGCUCUUGCCGCGCGUGCGCAUUCAGCCGACGGGGAGGAGGAUCGGAGGAGGAGAGCUCCCCGCCCAGCGCUGGAAAAAGGUAAGUUUUUACCCCUUUCCUCUCCCCAGAGCCGGGCGGGAGGGGGACCCUGAGGGUGGGGGCACCCUCAGGGCACUAUAGUGCCAGGAAAACGAGCAUGUUUUAGUGGCACUAUAGUGGUCCUUUAAAAAAAAUUCACAUACUUGAUUGACUUAUACCAAAAACACUUAUUGAAAAAUACCAAUUAACAUAAUAUGACAUUGCAGGCAUUAGUAUGUAGAAUUAGUAUGCAGAGUGCCCAUAAAACAAGAGGAAAAAGAAUAACGGAAACAUAUGCACUAAACUAAAUCUAGAAUGACCACAGGAAAGUCCUUUAGAAGAAGACUGGUGCAUUAGUUGAGUAUUGUAUAAACCCCAUCAAACCCCUCUGAUGAGCCUUGUGGCGAAACGCGGGUGUCAGGGGCUCUUGGUACUCCCUUCAUCACUGUUGUUUGGUUAUCAGAAACUACAAUGAUCCUGUUCUGCCAUGCUUGGGGACACUAUUGAUUUUGUUUAUUUAUAUAUAGAGAUAUAGAUUUUUUUUUUUUGUAGCCACAGGAACUAUUCGAUAUCUAUCUAGAUACUGUACUUUCUUUUGAAUGCAAUGAGGUGCCUCAAAGGCACAGCAGGGAUUUUCAGGACAUUAUACCUUUUUAUAACUAUUUCUGCAGACAUCCUGACUGAACUGUAUAUUGGAUACCUUUUUGUUUCAUUUUGAUUGAGGUUUACUGUACUGCACAAUUCUGAGAGGUAGCAACAACUGUAGCUUCUCUUAACUUGCAGCCCCUUAGUGACUGUACUUUGGCAGGAUAACAUUGCCUACAAUUUUAUUGUAAUAUGUAUGUCAUAUUGAUUUUUUUAAAAAAAUUUCACCUUCCUAUUUAGUUAUUUAGUAAUUUUUGGAACACACCCAAUAAUUUGUCUUUUACAUUUUUAUGUAUUUAUUUUGUUUUGAGAUGUACAUGCUGGCAAAUGCAUACACCUUAGCUGAUGUUUUACUUUUUAUGUACAAGACAUUACUUGGGAGCUAUCUAGAGCAGUGGUACCCAACCCAGUCCUCAAGUACCCCCUACCAAUACAGGAUUUAGGGGUUACCCAGUUGUCUCUAAGGUGCUUUUAGAAAUAAAAAAUAAAUAAAAAAAAUUGCAAACACCUUAGACACGGCAGGGUAAUCCCUAAAUCCUGGACUCGUAGGGGGUACUUGAGGACUGGGUUGGGAACACCUGAUCUAGAGGAUCUCCUUUGAAGUUAUAAUCUUUAAUGAGUAUAUAGCAAUUUGUGGAACACAAUCAGUUCUUUGUCUCUAAACAUUUCAUUUUAAGUACAUGGCUGUGCACGUUCGGAUCUGCAUGUACAUUUACAUAUUAGUAGUUUAUGAUUCAUUUCUAUCAAUUAAUAGUAUCUUUGAGGCAAUUUAUUAAAAAAAAUAAAUAAUAUAUAUAUAUAUAUAUGUAUGUAUAUAUCCAUUUAUUUUUGGAUAACACACUACUUGGUUCCACUUGAUGGUUUUCUCACUAAUGUCCUUCAAUAACACUCCGUUUUCUUUAGUUCUAUGGUUUCAGAUGCAAGUAGAGAUUGUAGCCGUAUUAAUCCAGUGAUGUAGAUGUAAAAAAAACUCAUACAAUUCGUAUCUUGUAAUACCUUUUUUAUUGGACUAACAGAAUUUUUUUAAUGAAAAGCUUUCCCGAAAGCUUGUCAUUAAAAAAUUGUUAGUCCAAUAAAAAAGGUAUUACAAGAUACGAAUUUUAUCUGUUUUUUACAUUGUUUCAGAUGCAGUUAGGGGUUAACGCUAACCCCUAUUAGGAAUGUUGUUUUGAAGAUCUAGCUCAAUCUAUUUGGCCUGAUAUAACAAAGAAGAAGAUCUAGCUCAAUCUCUUUGGCUUAAUGUAGCAAAGAAGAAUUGAAAAUACACCAUGUAUAGUUUAGUGAUUAAACCCUUGAGUAGAAAGUGAUCAAAAGAUCAGUAUUGGAGUGGAAAGAAAAUACUCUUUACCCCGCUUUUUGCAUCUCCACCAAUGUGUAUAAGUACCAUUCCAAAGAACACAUCCUUUUUUGUGAUUCCCCACCCCUUUUUUAAUUUAUGUAUUUAUUUAUUUAUUUCUUAUUCUUGUUACUAGCCCCACUUUUAUAACUUUGUAUCACUAUCCUGUUAGUGACCCUUUUUAUGAGAUCUACUAAAGUGUGAAGUUUAUUUAUCCAUAUAUCAUGUCAAAGGUGUGCGCAAAAUCAACUACAAUGACUUUAGUUAUUUCGAAAUACACAAUCUCCGUAUUCUGCAGAGUGUGCAUAUGUAUAAAAUAUAAUCCACUAAUCAUGAUUGUACAUUACAUAAACUUGCUUAUAAAGUACUCCAUUUUUUGGCAUAUGCUAAUCUAAUGAUAGCUUUUAUGAGAUUAACCCACUUUACAGAAUAUCCUAUUAGCAAUUGAACCCCUUCACUACAAAGUUGUUUGCAGGAAAAUCACCCCCCGAAUCCAAGUAAUCUGGGUGUCUUGGAAAAUAAUGUUUGAAUGUUUUUUUUUUUUUUUUUGUUCCAAGAUAUUUGUCAUGUUGCCAUUUUGAGAGUCUCUCUCUCCCUCUCCCUCUCCCUCUCCCUCUCCCUCUCCCUCUCCCUCCCUCAAUAUAGGCAUCAUUUUAUUUUAAAUUGCGGGUAUGAAUACAUACUCUGGAAAUCAUGUAUACGCGAGUUGCCAAGGUGAAGUGUUAAUCCCGAAAGUUGGUUAUACAUCCUAUAUAAUUUACAAUAAAAAAAAAUGUUCUUGUUACCCUAUAUCAUCUUUUGUUCUGGCCUUUCCAGGGACCAUUUGCCAUAGUAUAUAUCAUAUAUGUGCUAUUUUAUGUAUAUUUGUUAACAGUUUUUUUGGACCAUCUAUACCACAAUGCCAAUUCUCUCUCUCUUUCUUUCUUUUUUUUUUUUUUUAAAGCGCCUGGCACGGAAUGGAAUUAUUAUUACAACAAGUGAAGCUGUGCUCCUACAGUUAGUAGCAGACAAAGAUCAUCCAAAGUUCAAAGAAAUUCAAAACCUCAUCAAAGCAAGUGCUCCGGAGUCAGGACUCCUUUCUAAAGUUUGAGAAAAAGAAAACAAAUGAGGGAAAGAACUGUUUGAAACACGUACUUCCAUCUUCUCAAAUGCAAAACAAUGAGAGUUUUGCAUGUGUAUUCUUUGCAUUAAGCUAGGAUUUAUUUUUUUUUCAUAGAAACAUCAGAAAACUUAAAAAAAAAUAAAAAAAAUGUUUUUAUGUCAAAUGAAUUGUUGCUCUAAAUAUAUGUGUAACUCAAUGUAUUUGCAAAGAUUAUUUGCAGUUAUUUUAAAUCAUUGAAAACAUUGGCACUCCGAUUUGCACUAGGACAUUUCCAUGGUUUCCAAAUCUACCAUUAAAGGCCCAUAUUUCAGGAAAGCCUUUACUUUUGCACAGGUACAUUUGUUUGAGUUUGUCUGAUAUAUUGUGAAAGAAGGAUUUUAUUAAAAGCUGACCUUUUGGUGUAGAAGGGAAGGUUUGGUAACUAGCAUUGCAGGUCAUGUUGUGUGAAUUUAACUUUUUUUUUUUUUCUCUAUACACUUGUUAUCUAUUAAAUUGGAUUAUUACAGAAAUUAAAAUGGUUAUUUUGGGAAAAAAAAGUACCAUUGCAAUCUGACAGUUUGUAAAUGUGAGCAAAUUUAGUUGCAGUCGUAGAUUAAAGAACAAAAAUAUUGCUUAUUCUGAGACCAACAUUGUUAUGCUUCCAGAUAUGAUGCCAUUGGAAAUAUUUAUGAAAAUACAUUGUCACAAAUUAGUUAAUCUCCCCCUCCAGUUUAUUAAUUGUAUCCGGGGAAAUAUUUUUGUAAAAGGGCAGUUGAGAUUAAGUUUGUCUGAUAUAUUAGUUCAACAAUAGAACUGCAAAUUAAUGCAAUUUUCUCUAGGUGAGGAUAUUUGUUGCAGGGCCAGAAUAAUUUAAAGAAGGUUCAGAAUAGUUUUAAGAAUGCCAAAAGCUCUUGUGAACCAGCACAAUUAUUAAUUGACCAGUUGUUGGCUAAUAGGGAAUAUAACACUGAUUCUUGGUAACGCUUGUACAAGCUUCUAAGGCAGGCAUCUCAAAAUCUGCCUCCUCUGAUUUUACUGAACUGCAAUACCCAUGAUUCUCUGCCCAUCUAUUAAAUUUACAAUAAUUCUGGAAGUUGUGAGUCGAUAACCUCUAAUGGGCCAGAGUUUUAGAUUCCUGUGCCAACUUUGAACAUCAGCCUCUAAAAGUAUGGAAUUUAAACUGUGGUUACUAACCAAUAUAACCAGCACAAUUUUUAAACUAUAAAUCGAGAACGCCAUGACUAGUAGUAAUACAUAUAUUUCCCAUUUGGCAGAAAAUACAUUUCUAAAGACGGGUGAUCUUAUUUUAUAUAUUGGUUGCUCAGUGUAAGUGUAUGUAUACCUUUUACAGUGAAAAUCCAAAAUUAAUUUUGUACAUAAGUGAUCUUCUAGCCAUAGCUACCCAAUUAAUGGAUAAUAUAUGUCUUACAGUAGAGUUUUAAACUAUUACCAAGUUUUAAAAUCAUCUCCAUUCAUUCACAAAGGAUAUUGAAUGACUGGUCAUAUGGGCCACAGUUAAAAACUUCCUUUUAAUGUUUGUUUUACCGUAUGUUACAGAAAAGUAAUCUUUUUAAACUAGACAAAAAAAAAAAAAAACAUCAUUACUUGUUAGACUUCUGACUUUGGUGUACAAAUACUAGCUUGCCUUUCUACUCUCUAUGUAUGCCAGCCCAUGUUGGGGGAUGCGGUAUUGUCGUCUAGGUACCAGUGUCUUUUAAAACUUUGUAAUGUGAGAUAAUUACUUAAAUUCAGUGACUUCUAAUAAGGUGCCUGUGUGUGCUAUACCUCAGAUUAUGUAUAUCUAUGAAAAGUGCAGAGUAACGUCUACUUCUUCUGGUAAAAUCUUUCUAGAGUGUGCAUUUUGUAUUUGUAUGUUUGUUUUUGAUCAGUAAUUAAUAAAUACAAUAUGUGUCUUGUUUUUCCUUGCUGCCUGAGAUAUACAUAUAUAUAUAUAUAUUUUUUUUUUUUUCGUUUUUACAUCUGAAUCUACAGAAAUGCAUUAGUCUCUAAAUUGUAAACAGAACCUGUUUUAAAUUUGGGUUGCUGCUUCACACAGAAUUAUAUAUGUUGUCCAUCUAAUCUCAUUAUUACUUUUUAUAUCUUCACAUGGUCCUCCAUCUGGAAGAAAUCAAGAUGAAAGGAGGUCUAUUUCGAUAAUGAAAUUUUAGAUUACAGUAUAAAUUGGUUAGCGCCACAGUGAUUUUAAAUUGAGUGACAGGUGGAGAUAAAUUGGCAGCAGAUGGGGAAUGAAGUCCUUGGUCGUGAUUAAAUGUUUUAAACCAUAUCAUUGCUAUUUUGCUUUUUGUUUUUUAGUAAAUAGACAACAAUGUACUGCACCUGAUUACAAUAAGUUUGAAAUUAUUGUUUUAUGUGUGACCUACCAGAAUAUUUGUAAUGUAUAAUUACACAAAGAGGUGCUGCUAUGAGCAAUAUUAAUUGUUGCAGAGUAGACAGUGUUACUAUUUCCAUGCAUGAAUUCAGAAUUUUUUUAAUGUAGUGUUCUUAUAGAGAUAUCAAUAUAUUUAGGCUUACCAUCAUUUUUAGAGUUGAACCUGGGACCAGUAUCACCAGGCAUGGCACCGCACAUUGAAGAUAUAUAUAUUCCGACUCUCCCCUAGUCUUCAAUCAUUUAAGAAGUGCAUUAAAACCCAUCUCUUUAGGAAAGCUUAUGGCCUCCCAGAGUAACCUCUACCUUACAUACCUGUCACUUGCUCUCUACUAUCUCCUCCAGCUCUGCUUCACGUCCACCUUAUUUGAUUGACAUUUCUGUCCUAAUGUGUUUUAUACCCUACCUCCUAUAGACUGUAAGCUCGUUUUAACAAGGUCCUCUUCAGCCUAUUGUUCCUGUAAGUUUUCUUGUAAUUGUCCUAUUUCUAGUUAAAUAACCCUCUCAUAUUAUUGUAAAGCGCUUCGGAAUCUGUUGGCGCUAUAUAAAUGGCGAUAAAAAAAAAUAUAUAUAUUUUACACACACACACUCUCUCACUAAUGUGCCUAAGUCUACACACACUGGCACAUAUACACCCUGACACACACAGAUACACACAUACUAUUAGAUUACACAGGCACGUUAAGGUGUCUAAGUCUACACACACUCUCUCUCUCUCUACACUUUUGAUCUUAAUGACAAACUGAAUGUUGCUUUGCAGUUAAUGAGACGGUAUUAAGAUUGUUUGUGCGUCAUUUAUGUUAGGCCUCAUACUGCGAUAUUGCAACCCAUCUAUACUACUAGUUAAUCCAGGUGGGCUCUCAGAGGUAUAUCAGAUUAAUUAGUUAACUCUUACUUUUAUGUAGUACUGUUUCCUAAGACCUCCUCAUGAAAUCAAUCUUAAUUCAUUACUGACCUUCAGAUCUGGACAUGUUAUUCAGAGAAGAGCACUCUUGAGUAUAUUAACGGCAUGGCAAGGCACAUUCAGAUGCAUCACUUACUAUUUGUUUUUAAUUAGGUGCCUACGUCUAUUUGUUUAUGACCUGUUUUGACAUGUUCAAAUUUGAGAAGCCUCAAUGAUUUUUCCAUUUGUUCCACAACAUGCAAGUUUCCACAUUUGAGAUUCCAAAUUUAAAUUCAUUAAAAUACUUUGCUCCC